GUGUACAUUAUAUUUUUCUCUAAAAAUCAAAAUCGAACCAAAUACUUUAAAAACGCAAUUUAAUAUAUCGAUUUAGUUCGAUUUGUUAUCAAUUUUGUUCAGUCCUAUCCCUUCCCAUCUCUAUAUAAGAAAUUGUAUUGAACCCAAAUGUUUCAAAAAGAAAGAAAGUAGUUCUCUUCUGCUUUGCCCUAAUUCAAAAUUUCUUAGUCAUGGGUAUUAUGAAAAGAAUCAUGAGCUUGGGUAUUAUUAUGUGUAUGCUACUCAAAGUAGCUAUGGCAUGGAAUCUCACAGUUGGAGCCCCAAAUGGUGGGUGGAAUUCCAAAACCCAGUUACAAGCGUGGGCAAACUCGAAGUUCAUCUUAGUUGGAGAUAAUUUGAUUUUUGUUUAUGAGCCUAGCGAGGACAAUGUACUUCAAGUAUCUAAAGAAGAUUUUUACGCAUGCGAGAGUAAAAAUCCAAUUCAAGCACACAAUAAGAGUCCUACAGCAAUCAAUCUUCCUACCCUAGGCCUGAUAUACUUCAUUUCUGGAAAACCAGGGCGUUGCAACCAAGGAGUGAAGGUUUGGAUAAACGUUCUUAAACCGCCGCUUCUCUAGCUUCUCCGGUCACUAAUCCGUUGCCGGAACAACCAUAACUCAUCUCCAACAGGAUCAUGAAUUAUACUGCUAUUUAGAACAACUUUUGUUUGCAACUUUAUAUUGAAAUAAAGAAUAAAAAUCAUUGGAGAUAUUUUAAUUAAAGUCU